UUACCGAAAGGUGGAAAAAAAUUGAAAAAUCUUUGGCAGUGGAGCUAUUGAAAAAACACGGAGAAUCUUUGGAGCCGUUUGCAGAGCUCACCAUGGAUCUAGUAGAUUCUUAUGAAAAUUCACUGCUCGGACUUGAUACGGCCAACGACAGGACACUUAUAAUAUUUUCAUCUCUUCCAAUUCUUUUUCCACCUCGCCCAUCUAGGGCCUCGAAAGGGUUUACACUUCCGAAUCUGAAAAAUAUUUCCCAAAUCCUUGUUCGUCGGUUCCCGGUUGGAACAAAUUUAUCAGAAGCCUUGCAACGGUGUGAGACCGAUGGAAUGAUCCAACCCGGAUUAAUUGUUAUUGGAAAUCGCCGUUACAUAAAAGCGGAUCUCAUCCAAAUCAAAAUUAAUACUCCAUCGGCUGCUGAAUCUAUUGCAAUUUUGUUUGCUGUAUAUCAUAUAUUCAAUUUAAUUUUUCCCGACAACCUCAACCUGGUGUAUAUUUUUUUCAAAAUAUGA